UUCUUGGAUGUAGCAUGAGCUGCUGUUCUCUGAAAAUGUCAAGGCAUUCUUUAGGCAAACUGCUGAGAGGAAGGGAACAUCCCCUCCUCUCCUGGAAUUCACUUUGCAAUAUUCUUUCUGCUCUGCAAAAAAAGCAGAUGUUGAUAAAAAUUCAUUCCAGAUCCCAGGGUGCACUGAAUCUUUGGAAGUAUGUAACCUUGUGCUGAAUCUCCCAAGAGUGUUUCUUCCCAAGAAAAUGAAGACUCCUGAUUUUUCAGCCCUCCUUCCCGUUUGUAGAUGACCGCCACUUGCCUUGGUGCCUGUUUGUCUUCUGAUUUCUGUCUGCUCUGAUGGUUUUUCCAUGGGCUUAGUUUCCCCUCAAGGCAACCCUGCAAAGGAGUGUGGGAGAAUCAGACUCUGUGCAGAGCUGCCUGUUUUGCUGGGGCUGCUGUUGUUGUUGUUCUUGUUGAUGUUAUCAUUAGCUAAAAGACCACAAAUUGCUCAGAGCCCCAGAGAGUGGAGCUGGGUUUCAGAUCUCCUGCAAGCUCAAUCUCUCUGUUUUGAACUUUGCUUCUUGCAUUUUGUUUCUUUCAGGGUGUGUGGUGAGUGUGGAAGAUCCAGAAAAGAAGUACACUGGAUGGGAACAUCUUGGCAGUGGGUGGCUGUAAAGGAACUUUAUCUCCAGCACCAGGGCUGUGAGGGAAUAUUAAAAGAAAUCCUGCUCAUGAGAGAAAAUAAGAACGCCAAUAUUGUCAGCUACUUAGAAAGCUACCUUGUGGAUGAGGCUGUCCUGCUGGUGUUGGAAUAUAUGGAUGGAGGCUCCUUAGCUGAUGUGGUCACUGUGAGAAGGAUGGCUGUAGGACACAUAGCAACAGUGUGUCGGGAGUGCCUGCAAGGCCUGGCUUUCCUUCAUGCCAAGCAGGUGAUCCACAGAGACAUCAAAAGCGACAACAUCCUUCUGGGCCGGGACGGCUCCGUCAAGCUGGCUGAUUUUGGCCUCUGUGCUGUGCUCAGCCCUGAGCACAGGAAACGGAGGUCGAUGGUCGGGACCACUUACUGGAUGGCACCCGAGGUGGUGAGAAGAGAGCCUUACGGCCCCAAAGUGGACACCUGGUCCCUUGGCAUUGUGGGAAUAGAAAUGGCCACAGGAGAGGCUCCUUAUAUGCAGGAGACCAGUGACAAGCAUCCAUUUCUGCAAUCAGCGGAGCCUCUCUUAAGCCUCUUCUGACAGCCUGAUUGCUGCCAUCCCUGCAGCAAGGGAAUGCAAGAAGCAAAGGAGAUGACAAGGUGUGAGAGUCUGUCUGAAACGUCCCUCAUUUUUUGCCUCUCGAUCAUCAUGAAAGCCAAGACCAGCUGGGAAAGGGAAAGAUCCUGUUCUGAAAAUCCAGGUCUGUCUGGUCCACCAAGCCAGAUUAUUUCCUACGGGUGUGUUUGCUCAACUCAUGGAACACUGCACCCAAGAAGGGGCAGUGUGCUCUCCUUCGCCUGCAUCACCUAGCAACGCUAGUGCUGGAAUUUCUCCACCCUUCUGACUUGGCUGGACUUUCUCUCUGGAAUGACCUUCCCGGAGGUCACCACAAAAGGACCCUCCAUUCACCGUACAUCAACCACCGUGACAGAUGGACUGAGAUGGGAGAAGGUUCUCCCCUAGAGGACUGAGACGUGCGACCCCUACAUGGAAAAGCUUCCCUCUUUUGCCAAAAGGACUAAGACUGAAAUCCCCACUGUAGGGUGAGGGAAGGUAUGCGUGGGGACCGGAGCAAGUUUUGCAAGCGACCACUGGACCGAGAAGACAAUGGUUCCUGCCUACGACAUCUGCUGCUGACGACGCCUGUUCCUGAUGGACUACUGAUGGACUCCUUGUACCCUUUAUCAAUAGACUAUUUUGAAAUGGGUCCCCUUCCCCCAUUUCAAAAGGACUAUAAAAAAGGUUAGACCUGACUGAUACCUUUGAGAUCUCCCCUGACAUGAAGAGGACAGGCCUCUUCGUCGACCGGACUUCGAGGGACAUCUGCACGUCUGGUAGCUAUAUAGCUGCUUGCCCUCCCUCUCUUCUUUUUCUUUUCCUUAUUCUUUUCCCUUUCUUCAUUCCCCUUCUCUCUAACGCAUCUUUGCUAUGGCUAUUUAAUAAAAGUACAUGUAUUUUGAUUUUACUGCAAAUCCCCUUGUCGUGUCAGUUUUUGCACCCUGAGAUCAGUGAAAAAGAACCUACACGAAUCACGUCCUUAGGACGGAUCGUGUCAUAAAUUGGAUCUUGGGUCACGGAUCU